AUGACGCAGCUUUCCGCAACCCAGCGUGCAGAGACAGUUCUGGCGCCUCUGCGCCUCUCUAAGGAGAAGAUGGAGGAGCUGCGUACUGCAUUUAAAGAUGAGCUGUUGCGGGGUUUGGAGAUGCAUAAGAAGCACGGUUUGAAGUGGGUACCGGAAGAAUGCUCUCUAAGGAUGUUAGACUCAUGUGUAUCGCAAAUACCGACAGGCGAUGAGGUAGGAGUUUUCUAUGCUUUAGAUUUCGGAGGGACGAAUGUAAGAGCUGUACGAUGUGAAUUAGUAGGCGGGGGCAAGAUUGUUUCGCAACAAUCUCUUAAAAA